CGCAGACUCCCUGGAUUACAAUAAGCGUUUGGCGUCGUCUCAGGCAUAAUUCACUCUAGAAUAAAAUGUAGUUUUCUCCGUUGUGCGGUUGUAACGGUACUUCGCUAUUUCAUCCAGCGAGAUCAACAGAUUAAGCUGACUGUUCAGUCAGUGAGGCUGAUCGACGGCUGGUGGGGUGUCAGCCAUGGGUCGGAAGCUGGAUCUGUCAGGACUGUCAGACAACGAGGCGGAGCAUGUGCUGCAGGUGGUGCAGAGGGACAUGAGGCUGCGCAAGAAGGAGGAGGAGAGACUCAGCGAGCUGAAGCAGGAGCUGGACGAGGAGGGCAGUCGCUGCCUCCUGCUGUCACGGCAGAGUUGCUUCAACCAGCGCUGCUGCAUCCGCUGCUGUUCGCCCUUCACCUUCCUGCUCAACCCCAAGCGCCAGUGCCACGACUGCCACUACAACGUCUGCAAGGCCUGCCGGGUCUUCAACAAGCGGGACAAAGCCUGGCUCUGCUCUGCCUGCCAGAAGAGCAGGUUGUUGAAGACACAGUCACUGGAGUGGUUCUACACUAAUGUGAAGAAGCGCUUCAAGAGGUUUGGCAGCGCCAAAGUGCUGAAGACUCUUUACAGGAAGCAUCUGGCAGAACACAGUGCGCUUUCAGAGCUAACAGAGGGCAGCGCCUACGAAGAGAGCAUCUGCAAUGAGGACAGCGUCUGUGGGAGCGACUCAACCUUUUACAGACAAACUGAAGAGCACAGCAUGGCAGAGACGCUCACUGUGGCCAGGCGGGUGGCAGAGGAGGCCAUAGACGAGGCCAUUGCCAAGGCUGAAUUUGACACUUCCAGUCAGGAGAAGCAGAAUGAGGCACAGUAUCUGCAGGAGCACAGAGGAGAGCUCAUUGAGGAACUGGCCAAAACAAUUGUCCAAAAAAUUAUUAAUAGGAGGAAGACUUUGGCUGCAAUGACAGCAGAAUAUGACCACGACUGGGCCCUUGAACGCAACCCCGACCUUCAUCCCCAUCAUCAGUUCCCCUCUGAUCAAGCAUCCAGCUCCCAGAAACAUCAACCAAGCCUUUGGAGGUCUCAAUCUGCUUUCUCAUUGGCGGACAAUGACAUGCCAGGUCUCGUACAAGACUCCACACAGACAUCAAAGAAGGAAGGAAGCGGGUCUGUCUGGAAGAGUGUAGACCGGCUGGAUAACCCUGGUGUGUCCUCAGUGCUGAAGAGCCCAGACGGGAAUUGGAUUGCCCUGCAGAGCGCCCAGCUGUCCCGUCCCAGCCUGCUCGCUAAAAGGAAGAGCCUGGUCUACAGUGCCUUGGAGAGGGAGUCCGGAGUGGUGUCAGCCUACGAAGGUCUGGGCUCUGACAAGGAAAGCAAACCAGAGCCUGACAGCUCCUGGGGUGCCGCCCUCAAGGAGAUCCACAGGAAGAUGACGGACUCGAACUUCAACCUGCAAGACGCCAGUGACAGGAUCCCGUCGCCGCAAACGGGCCAUCGAGACAGCCUAGAUGGUCUGUUUUCAGACUCUGAGGCGAACUGGAAACCUAAAAAACCUCUGCUGGCUCGCUUAAAGCGAAAGGUGCCAGCAGAGAUCAGGAAACCUUCAUCAUCCCAUAGGACCAACAUCAUCGAUGUGAACUUUAACCUGGAAGGAGCGGGACGGAAUGAGGAGGUGGCUGCUGAGCCCAAGGUGGAAAAAAUGAGGAAAUCACGGAAGAAGAGGAAGAGUAAAAAAGAAACGGCGUCUUCUUCUCUUGUGUCGGAUUUAAAUCAAAAUGACAACUUCUCACCCCAUCCUUCUGAUAAUGUGACCUCUGACACUCUGACGUCUGAAGCCACAACCCCUGAACCUUUUGAGUCUGAGGGAAACAUCACUGGAAACAGAGACACUCACAUGGAUGAAGAACUUCAGUUAAACCUGCAGCAGCAAGGACGAGUUUCUGACUCCACCACAAGAGAAGAAAAGCUUGAUGAAGACGGAGAUGUUGGACAGAUGAAGAAAAGCAGUCAAGAAAAUGAGGACAGAAUGGAAGAAGAUGAGAGGCUAUGGAAAAUGGAGAUUGAUUUGUAUGAAGGGAGAAUGGAGGAUGAGGAAGAGAAAGAAAUGGAUGAAGAGAUGAAAUGUAGAUUGCACAGGCUUGUUGCACAGUCCAGACUCUCAUACUUCUCAUCAUCUGAGGAUAAGCUUGACAGAGCGGGGCAAAGUGAAGGAGAAUGGGAUGGAGAAAAAGAUGAAGAUAUGGAGGAGGAAGAUAAAGAGCAGGAGGGAAAAAAGCCAAAAGGACUCACUUACAAAAUUUGUCAGUUGGAAAAACAAGUCAGAGCUACACAGUUCUCAUCCACAGAGGACGAGCUGGACAAGAUUGGCAUUGAAGAAAAGGAAAAAGGAGAGGAAAAGGAAGAGGAAGAGGAGGAGGACAAGAACGAGGAGCUGGUGCUGAAAGUGUGCAGAUUAGUUAAUCAAGUCAGCGCCUCAGAGUUUUCAUCUACAGAGGAUGAGUUGGACAGAGUGGGCAGAGAGGGAGAGGAGACAAUAGAUGAAGAGUCUCUUUGGAAACUACCAUUAGAAGAAGCAGCACAGCUACGCGAUUUGGUCAGUUUAGUCAGAGCUUCUCAGUUUUCUUCCACUGAAGAUGAGCUAGAUAGAAUUGGAGAGAAUGAGAGAGACAUAGAGGAGGAGGUAAAACAAAGAGAAAGUGAGAGCAGCAUUGAGAUGGACGAGCUUUGGGAGAGAGUAGAGAGGGAGAGGAGAGAAUCCAUUGGAGACCUGGAUGUGAAAAUGUUUGAGUUAAUGGCUGAUUUUGAGGGCAGUGAUGAAAAAGUAAUACAUGAGGAUGCUUUUUACAAUCAGAUACAAGUCGAGGCUGUCCAGCAUGAGGAAAAUGAGGUAGAGGAAAAUAAAGAAUGCGUCAUGGAGAGAGUAACAGGGGAUGAAACAAUAGCCAAUGGGCACUUAGGUGGUGAAAAAGUAGAAGUUUUGAAAGGAGAGCCAGAGAAAGGACAAGAGAUUGAGUUAAAAACAGGGGUGGAGGCACAGGGAAGUGACUUAAGUGAACUAGAAGUGCAGCAAAAGAAUUGGUUUGAGGCAAAGUGGCCAGACCAAGAAAGAGAGGACAAGUUUCAGAAAGAAAGCAAAGACAGUGAGAGGAAGAGCCAAACUGUAGUGGACAGCGAUGAAGAAUUUGACAGAAUAAUCAGCAGCAUGCUGUUGAUGACUUUGGAUGACAUGCACGGAGAAGCAAUAACAGAUAAUACUGGAGAAAGAAACAGAGAGCCAGAGCAUGAAGAGACAUAUGAAAACAAUAACGGAGGAAGAGAGAAUGGAGAAAAGACCGGACAAAGCACAGGUGCUUCAGAGGAGAUGGGACAUUUUUCAAAGGAGCCUCAAAGUCAAAGUGACCACCAGAGGUCAGAGGUGAAAAAUGAUGAAAAUGUAAGUAAAGAAACUGAAGGAGAUAUUUUUGCAAAACAGGAGAGUGCAGACAUGGCAGGCAGAGAUAUAAAUGAGCAAAAAGAAAGAGAAAAAAGUUUAUCUGAAGAAAAACCUGCAGAUACGACAUUCACCGAGACAUUUGAGACAAAUGAAGCAAACCUGACGUGUGAAAGAACUGAAGAGGACAAAGAGGAUGGAAGAGGAAAACUGGCAGCAGAGUGGCAAGCAUUGGAGACAUGGGGAGGUACUGCAGACCUGGGGAAGGAAGAUACUGCAAACAUAGAGAAGGAAGAUACUGCAGACGCAGAGAAGGAAGAUACUGCAGACGCAGAGAAGGAAGAUACUGCAGACGCAGAGAAGGAAGAUGAGGAAAUCAACGAAAAAAAUGCAGCCAUCAUGGAGCAGAGCGGCCCUUCAUCUCUAUCGGAGGGUUUACUGUCUGCAGAGGAGAUUCAAAAUGGUAGAGACACGGAGCUUUACAAAACACUAGAGUUUAUAUCAGCUCUGUUGGAGCAGAGGUACUCAGCGGUGUCCCUGCGCAACAUCACUACUGAGAUGUUGAAGGUGCUGAAUGCCACCGAAGAGCUGCUGCAGGGCGUGGAGGGAGGAGAAAACACCCAUCUCCCAUCCACCUCGCUGCCCCCCAACACUGACGCCAAGAAACUGGACCAGCAGUUCUCCAGACUGGAGGAAAAUGUGUACAUGGCAGCGGGUUCAGUGUACAGUCUGGAGGCCGAGCUGAGUGACCUAGAGGAGUGUGCCAGGGGAAUCUGCAGCUCCACGUCUGACAUGGAGCUGUCCUUCCUGGAGGAGCAGGUGGCAGCAGCAGCUGCCAAGGUUCAGCAGUCUGAACUACAGAUCUCUGACAUCUCAGCAAGAAUUGCUGCUUUGAAGAAUGCGGGCCUCAAUGUGGACACACGGUCACGCUCCGCUAAGAGCAGGAUUCCGGUUAUGCCUGUCACCCUGGACUCCUCAAGACAGACGAGAAGGCGAUUACCUGCACCACCAGUGAAAGAAUACAAGGAAGCCUAAGUCACCAAACCAGAACCUUUAUAGUACCUCCAACUCAGCAGUGCCUUGACCCCGUCACUCUGCAGCCUACGGGCCAGUCUUAAAUGAUCCAUUCAGAUGCCAUUUGCCUUAAUUUAAUUUUAAGUUAGUCAUGCCUGAAAUCGUAUACUGUACCACAAAACAGUAGUACUGUAUGUGUAAUUUAUGUUGUAUUUCACUGAUAAUGCAGGAAAUGGCGGAUUUGUGUCAUCUUGUCAGAUAAAAUUAGAUUUCUAUCAGCGCUGAUCAUUCAGCUAAACCAUCAGCUAAUAAGAUAAUCAUUUUACUCUUUAAUUUUCCAAACAGUGAGGAAACUGAAAUUAUUACACACGAAGUGUACAAAAAGUCUAAAUGUUUUUAUUUAGAAAACUUUUCAUCGUCUUCAUUUUACUGCUGUCGUCCUUU